UGAUGCCAUACUCUUUUGGAGAAAAGGAAGGCUUUUCCCCGAGGCCAAAUUUUCGUCAUUCUUCCGAGUGGCAAAGAGGGAUUUCCAACAUCCCCCAGCCCUCCAGUCACUGACCUGACCGUUGAUGUGCUGAAAGCUUAUCAAGAAGGAACAAACACGCCUCCAGAUUCUCUUGAGAGUAAACUGCAAGUGAACUUCAACUCCAAGGCAUGUGAAAACAGCCCAGCAUGUGAGUGAUGGUUGAGUGGUUUCAAGUUAGGCAACCCGGUAAUUUGGAUUGAACAGUGCUUUAGCUGCAAUAAAUUGUGGUGAUAGAACAUAUGUUUCCCAGGCUUUGCUUUUGAUCUUCUGCUCCAAGGUUGAGGACACUCUCCCGAGGGGGAAAGAAAAAAGGAAAGAGAACUGGGUGGAAGAAAACGGACUUCACCCAUCAUUGAAAUAUUUCGUACCUGAAGCACAACCACCUUGAGAGAAGAACAUGGUGGCCGCUCUUCACAGUCACCUGACUAAGGGCCUUGGGCUUGCUCCUGCCCUGGAGGGAAAUGCACCACCACGGAGAGGCCCGCCCACAGCACCAGCACACUCACAGCCAAGCCUGGGCUCGGCCCCCACCGACAUAUGAGAAAAGAGGGCCUGCCAGAGCCACCAAGAGGGUGGGAGGCUGGCUGCUGUUGCCAGGUCCACCCGCGUGGAUCACAAUGACUGCAUGAGGUCAUGGAAUGUUGAAGAGGUGAGAUGAAAGCGGCUCCUGAGUCACAAAGUCGCAGGCGGAUGGGCGUCCUUUCGACGGGGCUCCCAGGAAUCGGGCUGUACCACUUUCCCUGAUGUUCCGGGGAAGCAGCGACUUCUCCCAGACAGAGUUGGGGUCCACUCCAUGCCUGUCCUGUUCCCACCACAGCCCAUUGUCCCCAGGGCUUGCUGGGAUGGAAAGAUAACUCCAGGCCCCCCUGGGAUUUAUCUAUGAGUUUUUCUUCCAGAUGAACCCGAAACAGACCCAGCGCCACAGAACAGCGAUGAAACCCUUUACUGUGAGGCCGAGGCGUCCGUGGGUGUGGAUAAAGACAAGGCCGCCCGGGAGAGCUCAGAAACAGACCUGGAGAUCGAAGAUACGGAGAAAUUUUUCACCACCGGACAAAGGGAGCUCUACCUGGAGGCCUGCAAACUGAUGCGCGUAGUGCCUGUCUCCUACUUUCUCCGGAACAUGGAGGAGUCCUACAUGGACCUCAACCACCAUGGGCUGGGCCCCAACGGUACCAAGGCUAUUGCUAUAGCCUUGGUGUCCAACACGAGUGUGGUCACCCUGGAGCUGGCAGACAACUCUCUCAUGGAGGAGGGUCUCCUGAGCCUGGUGGAGAUGCUACAAGAGAAUUACUACCUGCAGGAGAUGAAUGUUUCCGACAAUGAUCUUGGCUUGAAGGGGGCCAGAAUCAUCUCAGAAUUCCUUCAGAGAAAUAUCUCUUCGCUCUGGAACCUCCAGCUUUCAGGAAAUAACUUCAGGGACAAAUCCGCAGAACUGUUGUGCCAAGCCUUGUCGGCCAAUUACCAAAUCAAGACGCUGGAUCUCAGCCACAACCAGUUCUCUGAUAAGGGAGGAGAGUACGUGGGCCAGAUGCUGGCCCUCAAUAUAGGGCUCCAGUCACUGGAUCUGAGCUGGAAUCACUUCCACGUGCGGGGAGCUGUGGCCUUGUGCAAUGGUCUCCGGGUUAAUACGACCCUGCAGAAACUGGAUCUCUCUAUGAACGGCUUUGGAAACGAGGGGGCUACAGCCCUGGGGGAGGUCCUCAGACUCAACAACUCCCUGGUCUACCUAGACAUCAGCUGCAAUGACAUCACCAACGACGGAGUCUCCAAAAUCAGCAAAGGGCUGGAGGUCAAUGAGAGCCUCAAAGUUCUGAAGCUUUUCCUGAACCCUAUGAGUAUGGAUGGGGCUGUUUCACUUAUCCUGUCCAUCAAGAGGAACCCCAAAUCCAAGAUGGAAGAGAUCGACAUUUCCAACGUGCUGGUGUCUGAGCAGUUCCUAAAAAUAUUGGACGGGGUGUGUGCCAUCCACCCCCAGCUGGAUGUGAUGUACAAGUCCGUGCAAGGCUUCUCUGCCAAGAAAGCGCUCCUCCAGUGGACGAACCCCAUGAAACUGAUCCAGAGCUACGCUGACCAGCACAAAAUCACAGUCCUAGACUUCUUCAAGAGCUUGAACCCUAAAGGAAUGAUGACGAUGCCUGUGGGUGACUUCCGGAAGGCCAUGAUACAGCAGGACAAGGUCCCCGUAAACCUGCACCAAGUCAGGGAGCUGAUAAAGAAGCUGGACGACAAGACAGGCAUGGUGAACUUCAGUCUCCUGAACACAGUGAAGCCAUAGCAACAAGUCUGGUCUGGAAAGAAGUCCUGGCGACCCAGAAGUCCUGGCAAGUCAGACGGUGGCAGGGAGGAGGCGGAGAUCUGUCUGAAAUCCCCGUAGACACACAUCAAGGCCAGGCUGUGAGCGAGCCAAUAAAGUCUGCCUGGGUC